GAGAGCGAGCGAGAGAAGGCCGGGUGGGCGGUAGGUAGGUCUGGGGCGAUUCGCAAUCCGUCUCCAUCGGGAGCCCGGCGUGGCGUAAUUUGUCUUUUCCCCUCGCUCUGUGGACAGCGUCGGCCCGGAAGAAGGAGCCCGGCAUGGUCGUCUCGGGGAGAGAGAGAGAAGUUGCCGUUGGAAGGGCAUUUUUUGCUGAAAUUGUGUAAAAAAAAAAGUGCAGUACACCUACUGGAUUUUGAAGGGGGGAGGGGUGUGUGUGUGGUUCAUGAAGGUGCUGUGCAAAUUCGUGCUAAAGCUGCCGCCUCCAACUAUCCAACCUUCAACUGGGGCGCACUGCCUGCAUUUCACUGGAUAAGAAGGAGGCACAUUUCAAGGGGUGCCUAAAGGAACCACCGUACUCAAUGACCUUCCAGCGAGAUGUCAGAUCGUUUGGGGCAAACUGCAAAGGGAAAGGAUGGAAAAACCAAGUACUCAUCACUCAACUUGUUUGAUACUUAUAAAGGAAAGUCCUUAGAAACCCAGAAACCCACAGUCACCGCACGUCAUGGAUUGCAGAGUCUCGGUAAAGUUGCCGCAGCACGGCGCAUGCCACCCCCUGCAAACCUACCAAGUUUAAAAGCGGAAAAUAAAGGCAAUGACCCCAAUAUUUCUUUAGUACCAAAAGACGGAACAGGAUGGGCAAGCAAGCAAGAAUCACAAGACCAAAAGAGUACCGAUGCAUCGACAGCUCAGCAGCCGGAAUCGCAGCUGCCGCCGGCUUCACAGACGUCUGGCUCCAGUCAGCCGAAACGUCCAGCAGCAGCAACAGCAGUGGUAGCAACUCCACAGGAGGCCACCCCUUCAGCACAAAGCGGAACAAAAUCCUGGGCACAGGCGAGUGUUACACAUGGUGCACAAGGAGAUGGUGGAAAGGGAUCAAACCAACAGUCGCCAUUCUCUCGCGAGGAAUUUCCAACCCUGCAAGCGGCUGGAGAUCAGGACAAAGUUGGCAGAGAAAGGGACAUUGCAGAUCAGUCGUAUGGGCCAGGACCAAGCCUCCGCCCUCAAAAUGUGACCAGCUGGAGGGAGGGUGGUGGGCGGAACUUGGGUGCUCCAGGUGGCUCUUUGAUCGAGGGGGAAACCAAAGAGCUAAGCCCAGAAGAAGCAGCAAGCUCUAUAGCAUCCUCAGCCGACCAGAAGGUGACUGUAAGGAUGGCCGAACAACCACCUAGACCAGGGGUCGGUGUACCACAGCAGGCAGUUCCCCAACCAUACCCUCCACCAUAUAGGGGGAUGAUGCCAGCUUUCAUGUAUUCCCCAUAUUGUGGUUUACCGUUUCCUACACCUUACGGGCCACAGGGACCAUACAGAUACCCACCACCCGAUGCCAGCAAAUUUCCUCGUGUACCAGGGCCUCGACUUCCUCCGCAUCCAACACGGAUGCCCGAAGCAGUGAAAAGACCCUCCAUCCUCAAACAGGACGACUUGAAAGAGUUUGAUGAGCUUGAAAAUGAGACUGAUGAUGGAUGGGCUGGAGCACAUGAGGAAAUAGACUACACUGAAAAACUAAAAUUCAGUGACGAUGAAGAUGACGAUGAUCCCGAAAAGGGGAAAUCUGAAAACUGGGAUGGGCAGACAAGUCGACCAGACCGGCAAGAGUUGCGCACCUCUGAGAACAAAAAAGAGCCCCCCUCAGAGGAGCACUUGUCUGUCAAAGCAGGUCGGGGUGAAGGUCUGACCUCUGCCCAGACUGAACUGGGGCCGCCUGGGUCCCAACCGCCCAGAGUUUCUGCAAGCUGGGGUCCUGCUGUGGAUCACCAGGGUCGAAGGACAGGCAUGUGCUCACCUCACGAGCAUCAGAUUGCUCCAGGUUCGUACAGCAUCUACAGGCAGGCCGCUUCCCCCAGCAUGCACCAGACUACAGUUCCCCAGGAAAAAGCUAAUCCUUCCCUAGCAAAUCAAAAGACUCCCGUGGGCGAAGACGAAGAUGAGGCCUGGCGUCAGCGGCGCAAGCAGUCAUCAACCGAGAUCUCUGCCGCUGUGGAGCGGGCACGGAAACGGCGUGAGGAAGAGGAGCGCCGCAUGCAGGAGGAGCGUCGAGCUGCCUGCGCAGAGAAGCUGAAGCGGCUUGAUGAGAAGUUUGGUGCCUCUGAGAAACGUCAGAAGUCCGAGCAGGAGAAAGAAGAGGCGUCAGAGGAAAAAGAGAAUGAAGAGCCUGUGGCGUCCAAUAAGCGGCAGCGAACAGCCAGCAGUGGCAGCUUCGAAAUGCCACAAGCUGAACCCCCACCUCCCCCUGAAAAGGAAACGGUUGAAGUGAAAGAGGAGGCAGGGGUGGUGAGGGUUGAGUCCAAGGUAGAAACAGUGGUACCAGGAAGACAACCUCAACCCUCCCAAGGCUAUUCCAAGUACCAGAAGUCAUUGCCGCCCAGGUUUCAAAGACAGCAGCAGGAGCAGCUUCUUAAACAGCAGCAGCAGUGGCAGCAGCAGCAACAACAUCAGCAACAGCACCAGUCUUCCCAGCAGGUCCCUCCCCAGCAACCACCACAGCCGCAGCCACUUGCUAUGGCCCCGUCAGCACCCAUGCACCCGCAGCAGCAGAAGCCCAUGUACCCAGGUUCCAUCGGCCGCCCACCACCACCUAUGCCCCCUAUGGGUUAUGACCCACGUUGGAUGAUGAUGCCUCCUUACAUGGAUCCUCGUAUGCUACAAGGCAGGCCCCCUAUCGACUACUUCCCAGCUGGUGUUCAUCCUUCAGGUUUAAUGGCACGUGAGCGUUCAGACAGCGGUGGUUCUGGAUCUGAACCCUUUGACCGACACCCUACAAGGGGUACGCCACCUAUUGACCCCAAGUUGGCCUGGGCUGGUGAUGUGUUCCCACCAGCAGAGAUACGGCCUUUGGCUUCGCCAAUACGACCACAUGAUGAAGAUGACAAAAGUUUGAGAAGUGAAACCCCACCAGUCCGACACCGAGACACCGGACCACCUCAGUCCUUUGUGAGUAGUCUUCAGGUUUCGGACAGUGGACCUCGACAUGUUCCCCAGAUGCAGCGGUAUACGCUGAUGGACCGCCUGGAUGAACAGAGACAGACCCCCUGGCAGAAUUCCCUGCCCAGUGUUCAGAUGGAGCUGGAACGGGAUAGGCGGGUGGAGAUGUCUUCACAACUUCAGCAUUCACAUCCGCAGCGCAAGGCAGAGCAGGAGUCUAUGCCCAUCCGCAGGGAGACCACACAACUACAACAUGAAGACAAAAAGAUGGAGCCGCUCAUGAUGCACGUGCCUCGGGAAUCUAGCCAACUUUCCAAUGUUGUAAAGAAGGCAGCACCCCACAUUCAGGCUGCAGAAGUUCUGCAGCACAAGGAAGACCACUCAGUCAAAGAGAACAAGCAAGAAGAGAACAAAAAAGGUGACAAACCCAACCGUCAGGAUAUGCACCGACCUCAGAGGAAGGAAUCUAAGACAGAAACCAGAUGGGGACCACGGCCCGGCAGUAAAAACCGUGAUGAGCCAAGUGAUAAACCUGCUCGGAGAGCUGGACCCAUCAAAAAACCAGUACUGAAGGACAUGAAGCGUGAAGACAGUGAGCAGGAGGUGGAGAAGGGCAAGCCUACGUCAGGAGAAAAGACUGUUGUUAAGGGGAAGGACAAGUCGCAGGAAUUCAAGCUUGAGGCUGAUUGUUCAAAACAGGACUCUUCUGCAAGUUUGAAAGCGAGCCAGCCUGUCCCUUCUGUGUCUGUCUCCAAUAAGCCUUCACAAGGCCCUCCUCUUUCAAACGUGCAGGAUGACCGAGGGAAAGCAAAGCCUUCUGGGAAGGAUCAGAGGCCUGAGAAAGCAAAAACGUCCAAACCACCUCAGAAGGACUUUAACAAUGGCCCUCCACCACCUCGGCGGAAUAGAGAUCGGGAUCAUUCGUUUGACCGUAGUUAUUCGGGGCGAGGCCGAGGCAGAGGACGCGGCGAAUUCUUCUCGCGGGGAAGGGGUUAUCGAGGAGCCUAUGGUGGCCGAGGAAGAGGAGGCAGAGGCCGCAGCAGGGAGUUCAGAGGCUAUAGGGAGCCCAUGUACCGAACAGAGGAGAGUGGCUCCAAGAGCUCGUUCAGGCCGCGGAACCCAAGUGAGACACGCAGCGAAGGCUCGGAGUAUGAGGAGAUUCCCAAGCGCCGCCGUCAGAGGGGCUCAGAGACCGGUAGUGAGACUCAUGAGAGUGCCAGCGAUGUGGCUCACUCCGACAAGGAAGUCUCCACCAGCUCCAAAGAGCCCGCCAAGGAGUUCCGAAACUCCGAUCAAGGCCGUGCAGACAAGAAGAACAGAGCAGAGCCACCGAAGCUUGCUGACAAGAUGCCUCCACGGCUGAGUGAUUCUUCACGUGGCAGGGUCUUCACUCCACGUGGUGUGCCAUCUCGGAGAGGUCGGGGAGGUAUGCCUCGCGGGGGUGGCGGCGGUGGUGGCCGCCCUCAGCAAGGGGGCUGGGGACCUUCUUCAAAGGUACCACCCCCCAAGAAGCAGCCCUCGAAGGAGCAGGUCAAAACACCAGAAAUCAGGCCUCUUGAUAUGCCCCCAGGUAAAGAGUCUGAGAAAAACCCCUCUGAGAAGCCGCCGCAGGUCGGUGAGUCAGCGGCACCUGAGGGCCAGCCUCACCGGUCAGAGAGGCCCCCGGAUAAACCACCGAGGCGGCGGCGUCAUGGGCGUUCUCAGCAGCAGGAUAAGCCUCCGCGGUUCCGCCGCCUGAAGCAGGAGCGGGAGGUGGCUGCCCGAAUGAACGGCGAAAGAAACCUCUUCCCUGAAUCCUUGCCGCCAAAUCCACCUCCCAACCCACAAACUGAGGAGAUCAAGGAGGUAGUGCGCAACGCUGCCGGCACCAAGUCCCCAGACUUGUCCAACCAGAACUCUGACCAGGCCAAUGAGGAAUGGGAGACGGCGUCUGAAAGCAGCGACUUCACUGAGAGGAGGGACAAGGAUGGCAUGUUUGUGAAAAAUGCCCCUGGAGGCAUCAAGUCAGUCGACCCCAAUGCUGCCCAGAAGAAGGAAUCGUCCAAGCGCAGCUUCUCCAGCCAGAGACCUGGGAUGGACCGACAGAAUCGGCGCUCGAACCCAGGAGAUUCAAGUGGCAAAGGCAACCGGAAUAGUGCUGGUUCUGUCAGGAAUGAGAAGCGCAACUGGCCUUCCCCAAAGAAUAGGAGGCCAGUGGAAGAUCGGACAACACUCGCUGCAGCUCUUCCUCAGAACGCGAGUGCAGUAUUCAGAGUAGACAGGAUCAUUCCCAGCGACUCUGCUGCCAUCCAGAAAGCCAUUGCAGAAGUAAACAACCGGCACAAGGAUUGCAAACUGGCGCCUGGCAAAAUAAAGGAGAAGAAUGAUAUGCUGACACAAUUUGAUCUGAACAAUUAUGCAAGUGUUGUGAUUAUUGAUGAUCACCCAGCAGUUUCUGCAGAUGAUGAGUCCAUAUCUCCCUUAAAUGACGGCUUCACCCGCGUCCUUUCAAAACGUCAGAAGAGGAUCCUGGACGAUGAGCGCCGCAAAAAGGAAGAGCAUCUGCUGCAGAAGGCUGUCAAAAUCUGCACAAUGGAUUCUCUGCAUCCCUCAUUAUCUGGCUUCCCCAAAAAGCAGUCUAAGAAGGUGACUCUUUCAAACUUAGAGUCUGAAGAGAGCUGCAAGGGUCAGACUAACACAGCUGAUCUGGGAACCCAGAUUUGGAAUACCACGCAUUCCGCAGCCUCCGGUCUGGAUACUUGGAUCAAACCUCUGAAUGUCUUUGCCGAGGCAGCUAGUGCUGAGGCCAGCCAGACUGACAGUGGGGUGGAUUUGAGCAGCGACUGUCAGGUCUCAUCGACCAGUUCCUCGCAGCGUAGUUCUCCAGCCAGCAGCCUGAAAACUGACACUGGGGAGCGUGUUGGUCUUAUUAACCGGAUCAGCACAAAGGUGGUUGAGAUUCGAUCAGCAGAAAACCAGCUCCUAGAACCCAAAGAGCAGAGACAGAGACCUGCUAGGACAGGAGCACUGAAAGAAAAUAAGUUUCAGGAGUCUGCCAGCGAACUGAGUAAAGAGCAUAAACCUGGACCAAUAGGAAAUGAACGUUCACUAAAAAAUAAAAAGGCAAGAGAAGGACAGCAGAAAGAGAGUCCUGAGACUGCUGCAAAGGCUGUUGGCUUUUCAAUAAACAGCAGACCAAAAUCCAAACCAGAUCCUGACUUGUUACUGGAGACUGAAGUCACUGUACCACCUAUCCAGUUUGGAGUUAGUGCAAAGGAUUCUGACUUCAGUCUAGCUGUGCCUACGAUUCAAAGGUCUGCAAGUUCACCACCCAACAAACUGCAGAAUGCUGCCAGCACUGAUGUGCCUUUAGCUGCCCCAGUGCCAGUCCCCACCAUUGAGACCCCACCACAGGACAAUGAGAUGUCUCCUGUAUCUCUCCCCAGCAAUGAGUUGACUCUUAAGAUGGAGUCUGCUCGAAAAGCAUGGGAAAAAUCUCCAGGUGUUACAGAAAAAGAUGUUGCUGCAAGUGUGACUAAUGCAGAUGUGCCUGAGAUGGCUGGCAACUACCAUUCCUUUGUUAACUCAAUACCUGUGGCCUCUGUGGCACCAUCUGCCCCACUGUCAGCACCAAGUGGUCAGAUUCCACCUUGCUACAUGGAAAGCCAUUUCUACGGUAGCCAACCUCGUGGGAUGCCUCCCUCUAUCUCCCAGCAUCAGGCAUUCCAGUCUGGACUUUCACGGGCAAUGCCAACCCAACAGAUAACACUUCCCCUUCACACUCCUCUUCAGGGCCAAGCCCAGGUUUCUACUCUUAGUAUCCGGCAAGGGACGCCAGUCUCCCAAACACAAGAUAUGUUCAGUUCCCUCCAGUCUUUCAGGUCCCAACAGUUGUAUCUCCAGCCUGGACUCUCUCCUCCCUCUGCAGCCAUGGUGCAAGGUUCAACACUGAUAUCUGGGGGCCCAGUAAAAGGCCAGUAUGUUGGUUUUUCAGCAGUGCAGGCUGCAGAGGUGGCCAAGGCUCAGCAAGGAUUGCCCUACCAGCACGCUGCUUGUACUCCUCCAAUGUCAGUAAUCUACAACACUCAGUUGGGCAACUCGCAGCUCAUUGACUCUCAGAUAAUACAGAUGAGACAAAGCAUGGCCCAGCCAUCGGAUUUCUAUUCUUCUCCACUGCAGCAGCCCAAUCAGAGCAACUACUUUGCUGCCACCCCAAUAUCCAGUGGCCCCCUCCACCAGAUGUUGGUUCCAAUGUUGGGCUCCCAGUUAUCUGUUCCUGGCUUUGGGUCUGUGCAGCAGCCUCUAGUCCAACUUCCGCAGUCUCUGCAUCAUUCGCAGGCACAAACCGUCCCUCCAGGGCCCCCCCGAAGAGUCAUUCAUUCGGGUUUUCACACUGCUGCACCCACUCUUGGAAGGGAGGUUAACCCCAUGGAUCCUAAGACAUUUCACUUGGAUAGGAAAAUGAAUCCAUCUCCAGAAGCACUUGGCUAUUCUGUCCCGUCACCUGCAAUGUUCAGGACUGGAUCAACAAGUCCAAGGGGAAAAUCUCCUGGACCAGCCCAGUGUGGAGUCAAUUCCUUACCAUGUUACAGAGGGAAUGUGUCACAGCAGGCAAAGCAGCGAGCAGAGGUGCUGCAAAGUACACAGAGGUUCUUUGAGCGAGUGACCCCCUGCAGCAACAAUAGUGAUGUUGGCUCGCUUCCUGCUGAGGAGCACCAGGAAGAAGAGAUCACCAUGCCACGCAAGGAUGAGAAAUCCUCGAGCAAGCCCAAGCCAGUGCGAACAGGGCCCAUCAAACCCCAGAGCAUUAAGCCACAGGAGGAGAAACUGUAACCAGUGGCCAGAGACUGCAGCCUCUCUAAACUGAAGAAAUCUACAUCUCUUAAGGGGCUUAAUUUGUCUGUCUCAAAAGGAAAAUGGCUUUUUUUUUCUUAAAGACAAAACAUUACUGAUUUCAGUGGACUACACGAGUUGUUUUGCAAAAACGUAAGAGAGCCAACUCCAGCAGCAAUAACUGGAUUGAGUGUGAAGCUGAACUGGCAGGAAGGAAUUGGGGAAGGAAGAGGCUAAUAAGUCCUUUUUUUUUUAAGAAAAGAGAAGUCUAGAUUUCUCUACCAUAAUGAAGCAUUCAUCUUAUUGGUAACUAGUAAGUCCUUGUAGAUCCACUUAAUAAAUGCCAAUCCCUUAUAAGGCAGCUGCUUUCUUUGUUGAGGGACAGAGCAUAUACUGACUAGAAUUGGUUUGAACACAAGGUGUUUAGAGUAAAAGGGCCAUGUGAUAAGUCAAACAUUUCAAAAUGACUACAGACAGAUCUGAUUGGGCUUCUGUCUUGUUGAUGUUACAAAAAGAACAGUUAUGAAUGUUUUUAAAUAGUGGUAGAUGGGUACAAAUGACAAUGUCCGUUACUGUUUUUACCCUGUGGCUGUUAAGACACAAGUUUGGUGGUGCUGAGCAACAUAAGACACUCCAGAUCAACAAAAUGUUCUAAAAAAUUUUUUUUUUCUUUCCCUAUCUAUGCUGCCCUUCCACCCACAUGCCCAGAUGCCAAUUUUACAAAGCCCUGAAAGUGGCUUUUUAAAUGAGUUUGUUGAGCAUUCCCUUCCCCUCUUGGUUGCUGUACGUGGACAGUAUUGCCAAACACAGAUGUUGUCACAUAGUUGAAUAUUAACUAGUUAUAGUUUUUCCCCUGUACACAGAGCUGCUCUUGAAGUGCUGCAGUAAUGUGGAUGGACAGGCAGUGAGGUGAAAUUGUGAUGCUGUUUUGUUUAAAUUAGUGAUUAUUGCUGCAAUGGAAUGAAGCAAGUUUAGAUUAAUAAUAAGGCAAGCUGAGGAAAAACUAAUAAACACAUUUGUUCCCCAAUAAUAUCGUAUGCUGUUAAGAUAUCCCUCCUUGUAGGCUGUGGUGCUAGUUUUGCAGCUGAGUAUGGUGGGACUAGAAUUCAACCACCCCCACCCCCACUUUCUGGUGCAUAACUACCAGGAGAAUGUGAAUUAGUUGCAGGUUCUGUGACCUGAGAGUGAGUGACAGCAAUUUCUGCUCUCCUGUCAAUGCUGAGGAGCAUCCUCUUGGUGAAUGUGGCCCCAUUCGGAAUCUUUAUCUGUGGAACAUCAAUGCUCAAAUCAGCAUUGGAAGCUACUGCAGGCAGUUAUACUGACCUGCAAUACCAUGGGUGUCUAGAUUUGGUGAGAGGGGAAUUUAAUAAAUCAUUCCAUCCAGCUGACUGUGUGAAAGACGUCCAAGUCCCAACCAGAAUCUGACAACGUCUCGACAAUCUGUUAAUUUCUGCCUAUAGUUUUCCUUGCUACUUUGUGAGGGCAAGGAAAGAAGGGUAGAGUCUUCUGACAUGUGAAAGAGAUUCUGGGUGAAACCUUUUUCCUUUGGAAUAAUUAGAGGGAAGACCAAGAGCAUUUGUGCAGAACAAAAUCCUCAGGAGAAAAUAUGCUGCUGUAGAGAGCCCUUGCCUGACCCAGUGACCACUGCAAGUAAAAGUAACACUUUGUCUUGAAAAUUCAACCCUCCAAGUGUCACAGGUUUCUUAUCAAAAAGAACUUUAUCAAGUUAGCCGAGUUAAUUGAGAAAAUCUAUAGCAGUUUUGACUUAAUGAGGAAUAGCUGAUAUAUUCUGCCAAAACAUUCUUUUAUAUCCAGUGCUUGGAUUCAAAUUGCAUCUUACUAUCGGAGGGGACAACUGGGUAGAUGAAUGUGAAUUGGUUAGAAAUGAUAUGGAAAAGUGGAUGGAAACUUUCUAUUCUUCAGCAGUAACUUGUGCCCUUGUAAGUUCUCAAUUCAGUAUAAUGGCAACUCUGGAGGCUAGGGUGGGAAGAGGAAUGUCUGGUAAGUAAAUGAUCUGCCGUAAUAAAAACCAAGGAAACUAGUAAUCCGAAAAGUAGGAGUAAGUCAUUAAUCUUCAGAUCUGCUUUAAGGAUGCAGUUUCAAACUGUGACACAGUUGUUUAACAUUUCAAAAUAAAUAGGCAGGAUUUUAUCUGACACUCAAACUGCAUACUAUGUUGCUGUGCAAUAUUGCUUGUUUUGUGCCCUGAGUGCACAGUCGUCGUCCCCCUCCCCCACAUUUACAGAUCCCCCACUGAACAAUAUUCCGACAGAAACAAGAGGGUGACUUGCUAUUUCUUUAGGAAUAGAGAGUGAACAUUCAGUGUAAGCUUUUAAAUUCUUGUGCUAUUGUGGAGGAAUUCUUAAGUUAUUUUUAGAUCACUGCCUGAAUCGGCCAGUACUUGGGAGGCCUGGAGAAUUUUUCACUUCCCAAUAUUUCAACCAGUGGCAAACCAGAUACAGAGGACUGCUGGUGAAAGGAAUUUUAGAUGAGCCUCCUUAUCAAUAGCAUGUUUCUUUGUCUGCUGUUCCCACGCUGAAAAACUAUUUUGAGGCCAGUGGCAAAACCAGCACAUCAAAUAUUCACUCCCAAGCAGCCCAUUGCCUGUUCUUACUAGGGGCUAGAGAUAGACAUUAAAUGCCAAGAUAUCCUCAGUGCUACUUCAAAUUACAGAGGAGUUAAUUGUUUCCUUCUUGGUCAUCAUUACGUAUAUCUUGUACAACAGCAAACCAAUAUCUGACACUUUCAGUUUGGUCUUCCAAGUUAAGAGCACAGAAUUCAUGCGUUACAAAAACUGCAUGUGUUGCUUGCAAAAUACAUUUUUUUAAUGUAAAUAAAACAUUAUUGCAGUCCUCCUUGCAGAAUGAUACUGUUAAGCUAUUGAGUGAAUAACAGUGCUCAUUAUGUAUAUCAGAUGUUUGUCAGAGUUAAGAUGCUACUAAGAUUGCAAGUAGUGAGGCUGUUUCAGGCAACUUGACUUGUGACAGAUUUGCUGUGACACAGUCCAAGACAGAAAUAGCAGUCAAUGACCAAUUUUAAUGAGAUGUGAGUGAGAAACUCUGGGGUGUGCACUCCGUUUGGGCUAUUAGUCUCCUAAAGUAUUCAAAUGUGUGCUGCUCAUCCAGAAGUUACUGAUUCGAAUUGCAUCAUUUUCCAUUUAUUAACCAAGUUAGUACAAGGGAAGAGUGUACAGUGCACACUGGGGGCAGCAUAUAUGGAUGACCAGUUUUCCACAAGUCGUAGUCAACUCUAAUUUAAAACAGUAGUCGACCAACAGCUUCACAGUGUGAAUUGCAAAGGAUACAAAAGGCUCCCACCUACUUUUGUACCAUUCUAUCGCUAUUUGUAAACUUCUGAUGUUCAAAAGAAGGGGAAGGAGGAAAUGCAAACAAAGUGGGGGGGAGAGAAAACUGGGUAGGGGAGGGGUGGGUAGGGUGGGGGGAGUGGGAGGAAACCAAAUCCUUUGGUGAUUGUGUGUGACCUAAUUUGUGAUGGGCUGGAAUUGUUGUGUGAAAUGUCACGAGUUGAAAAGUUCUAUCUGCUGCAUCGUUUACCUGGCUCCAGUUUCAUGUACUGUCACACAGUGUAAUUUAUAAUCCUAAUAAAAACUGGCUGUUCCUAGGGCUGCAGCAAACUUGCUCCUCA